AUGUCUGCGGUGUUCUCUCUCACGGACGCCGCCUUCUUCUCUGCGGGCGGCGGUAGCAGCGGUGGUCCUCCCCGAGCUAGGGUUUCUAGAAGGACGACGAAGACUGGAGAGGAGAGGGUUCUCAGUGUCUCCGAUGCUCUGCGGGAUGGGCGGCGAGUGAUCUCUCCGCUUCUCGCUGGCCCGCUGCUACCGGCGUCGCCAUUCUCGGCCCCAUCACCGCUGCCGUCCUUGAAGCAGCAGCCGCAGAGGGAAGGCGAUGGCGAUAAGCAGAAGUAUUACGUCAACAUGGGCUACGCGAUCCGCACGCUGAGGGAGGAAUUCCCGGUCAUAUUCUACCGGGAGCCCAGCUUCGACAUCUACAGGUUCGUAUCUGCAAUGGGAAUCAUGUCUUCUUCUUCUUUCUCUCCGAUGAGAUCUACUGUUGAACUCUCCGAGACUUUUUGGGUUUUUUUUUUUUCUGAGCGGCGGAAUCAUUCACUUCAUUAAUCUCUCAGUUGUUUGCAAUUCGCUGCCGCUGAAUACGUUGAAUCCUUUCUUUCUCGGAUCCUUUCUCAGUUGUCGCAUCCAUUUAGGAACCUGUUUCUCCUGCCUGAAAAAUUCUGCGCUAGGGUUUCGCGAGCUGGAACCCUAAAUCGGCGUCGAUGAAUCUGUAUUUGCUCGAUUGAGCGGCCGCACGCUCAUAAUUACAUCAUUUGAACGCAUUUCUCGCGCUCUGGUAUGGCGCGAUCGUCCGAUCUCGGGGCGUAAUUUCCGAUCAUCAAUCUGCAUUUAUGUUGGAGAUUCUUUCCUCGAACCGGGAUCCUCCUGCUUCUCAGAGCUAUGGUGAUUCAUUCUGUUUGCAGCAUUUUGAUCUCGAUUUCGUUCUUGUUCUAAAAAUCGAGGGCAGGGAGGACGUCGUCUUCAAGGACCGGAUCAACACCUUCGUCGGCAUCGAUAACUACCGGCGGAUCUUCUGGGCGCUGCGGAUCAGCGGGCGGAUGUUCUUCAAGGCGCUCUGGUUGGACAUCGUCUCGAUCUGGCAGCCAGCGGAGAACGUCGUCAUGAUCCGGUGGAUCGUGCACGGGAUCCCCCGCGUGCCGUGGGACAGCCAUGGCCGCUUCGACGGCACCUCCGAGUUCAAGCUCGACGGCGACGGGAAGAUCUUCGAGCACCGCGUGGACAACGUCGCCGUCAAUUCGCCCCCCAAAUUCAGGGUCCUCGCAGUGGAGGAGCUCAUCCAGUCCCUCGGCUGCCCCUCCGCCCCCGGCCCGACUUUCUUCGAGCUGGCGGCGCCACCACCUCCCCUUCCGGCCGCUGCCGGCGCCCUGCUCCGCCGCUGUCUGGUGGCUUCUUCUCGGCUGCUGCUCCUCCCCUGGCGGCGCCCCGGCAUGGGAAGCUGA